AUGGCCAUCUUCUCAAGGCCACCCGUUGUGCAUCGAGACAUGAAAUCGAGUAACAUUUUGUUGGACUCAGAUUUUAAUGCAAAAAUAGCUGAUUUUGGUCUAGCCAAGAUCUUGGUCAAGCACGGAGAACUUGUUACACUGUCAGCUGUUGCUGGCUCCUUCGGCUACAUUGCUCCAGAAUAUGCUCACACAACACGAGUGAACGAGAAGAUUGAUGUAUAUAGUUAUGGGGUCAUCCUUCUGGAGUUGACCACCGGAAGGGAAGCUAAUGAUGGCGACGAACACACUUCUCUUGCUGAAUGGGCGCUGCGCCACUUUCAAGAAGACUACCCACUUGUCGAUGCUCUGGACCAGGACAUCAAUGAACCUUGUUACUUGGAUGAAAUGUGCUCCGUUUUCAAACUUGGCAUCUAUUGCACCGAGACACUUCCUUCUGCUAGGCCUUCCAUGAAGGAGGUUCUGCAUAUCUUGCUUCGAUGCUCAACAAAAGUCACCCCACCAUUGAGAAGAUUUAGAGAUGCAAGCAACUUAAUUCCCUGA